CAACAGGAUCCCUGUGUUCUCAGCCUACACCUUCACUGGUAAUGUUGUUGGUAGCAAGAGACCAAAAAAUCAAACCUGGAUGAUCGAGCCCCAGCUUGAAGAUAUAGAUAUAAAAGAGAUGAAAACCCAAGAUGAUGAUGAGGUGAAGGAGCUUAAUAAUAAUAACGUUUUAAGAGUCAACCACCAGGCUGCGGACACAGACUACAAAAAUAACAGACUGGAUCUGGACAGAGGUCACCUGUUCCCAUGUUCGUACGCACCUGAUGAUGAUGCCAAGAGGUCCACUUUCACCCUGACAAACGCCGUUCCCCAAGAAAGAUCCUUCAACGGGGGCAGCUGGAGGAGAAUGGAGUGCAAAGUCAGAGACGCUCUUGAGCUUAACUGUAAGAAGAACAACAAGAUAGAAGCCUAUGUGGUGACUGGAGCAGUUCCCAGCUUCAACAACACACUGAAGGAACGAGUGAACAUCCCAGAUCUCAUGUGGACAGCCUACUGCUGUUACAACAACAACCUGAAACAGUGGGUGGCCCAAGCACACUGGGGUGAGAACCAAAAGGAGGACAAGGGGAAAAAAUUGCCCUCAAAUACCUUGGUAGAUCUGUAUAACAUAUUGAACCAGCUUUACCCAGGUGGUGAUGUCCAGGUGUUCCCAGAUCAGUGUCCAACUGCUGAUAUUCCCAGAGCGCUUCCCCUCAGGGAUGGGGAUGUAUAUGAUCAUUGUGUCUAUGAUGAUGACUGUGUCUGUUCCUCUGUUGGGGUCAAAGGUUAUUACCUACCUGUUGUAUUAGUUUCUGUGCUGGUGAUGAUGAUGUAGUGACAUAACCACCAGGAACCUGAUGUAGUUGUAUUUGUUUCCUUUUUUUGGACUUUUAAAUUAAUAAUAUGUACCCAUUGAUUCUUAAAGAUAUAACUGAGUAGCUUGUAGA